CUUGCGUCUCUCCGCACAAAUUCGGCCGCCGGGGGGAACCAAUCCACAUCCACUCACUCGCUAGUAUUGCUACAGCACUAAUCUAGUCCAACUCCAAUGCGACGCUCCAACGAUCGAAGCAACCACCAAAUCCAAAUCUAAUCAUGCAUCCCAGCGACUAGCGGCAGCACGCCGGAGAUGGAUCCAAGAGUAGGAGGAGGAGGCGGCGGCGGCGGGAGUUGGAUCCAUCCAUCCAUCCAUCUGGCCGCGCGAUGUUUCAGAUCUGCCGGCGGGAGGUGGUAAGCGGAGUGAAGUAGGCCGCCGCCUUGGGCGCAUCUCGCCAUUGGUUAGCUAGCUAGGGUUUCCCUCCAUCAAUGGGCCUCCCAAUCCCAACAAUGGACAUGGAGUCGCCGCUGCUCAAUCUCAACGUCACCCGAGAUGAAGACAGGAUCAGCGCGCUCCCCGACGAACUCCUCCUCCUAAUCCUCGAGCGCCUUGACUUGCGUGACGCGGUUCGCGCCGGCGCGGUCUCCACGCGGUGGCGGCGCCUCCCUCACCAGCUCUCGCUCUUGGCACUCGGCAUCCGCAGCUUCCGCCGCGCCACGCUGGCCGAGACCAUGGACGCGUUCGUGGGCGCUUUCCUCUCCGUAUGCCCUUCGGCCGAUAGCAACCGCGAAAGCCCGCGCAGCUGUGCCAUCAAGGCCCUCCGCCUCUGCUUCUACCCUUCGGCCCCUCAUCUGAGCUCCAUCGGCCGCGCCGUUGAGGACGUUGUCAGCUGUGGCAACAUCAAUUCCCUCGAAUUUCGGAUAUCCCUGCUGCCCGCGGAGUACGCUGUCCGUCAGCUCGUCGAGUUUGGGCAGACAUUCAUGUCCUUCUCCCGCGCCUACAAGGUCGCUUUCCGGUGUCUCACAAGGCUAUUCCUCAAGGGCCUUGCCUUCGGGGACUCUGAUGUCACCGACCUCAUUAGCGCUUGCGAUAAGCUCAAGUGCCUUACCCUGAGAUCCUGCAGACUAGCUCAUCAGCACUCCACACUCAGAAUUGAUACACCCUGUUCUGGACUCCAGGAGCUCGAGUUCAUCCACUUUGUGUGCGCGCGGAUUGAGCUCAUCCAUGUCCCCAAGCUCAGUAAAGUGCACUACCACUGGUGCUUAGACAACCCUCCAGUUUGCUUCGGCUAUGUUCCAGAGCUUUGUGAAGUCAGCCUCAUUCGUCAGGCCAAGGUGUUGCAGGCUCCAUUCAUGCUGAGCGAGUGCUUGUCAAGGAGUGCAACGAACCUGUCAAAAUUGCAUCUUAAUUUUGGCCACCAAAUGAUUUGGAUUCAGCCCGAACAUCCAAAGGGGCUUACUGCUAUGUUCAAAAACCUGACGGAUGUGGUGCUUUCCAAUAUCUUCCCUGAAUGUGAUCUGAGCUGGACCCUAUUUAUCCUUGAAGCCGCACCUGCCCUACAGAAGUUUACAUUAUCUCGAAGUCGGCAUGCAUGUGCCAUAGGGUAUGAGGAUAAUGCCGAGAAGCCCAACGUGGUGUGGGAACCAUCCAAGGAUUUGAAGCACCUGAAUUUGAAGUUGCUCUGGAUGUACGGUUUCGAGGAGGAAGACAAAGUGACAAACUACAUAAGGCUAGUCAUGGAGCGAGCUGUGGGGUUGAGGAGAAUCGAGCUGCGUGGUGAAAACUCAUGCAAGGAAUGCGAUGUCAUUGACCCGAGGAGAUCCCAGGUGGAUGAAGAUCGGAGGUGUCGGAUCAAGGAGCGACUCACAGAUGGAUCCCCUUCAUCCUUGGAGAUAAUAAUGUGCUGACGGAUAUUCUCAAGGAAUACUAUGUCUCAUCAUGCUUCUAGCUGCUUCUCAGCGCACCAUCUCUGCUCAUGACUGAUGGCAACCACUUAGUUAGCUUAGUUCUGGAGCUCAAUUACCACUGCAUGGCGUCAUGUUCAGUACUCCCUCUGUCCCACGUUUUCUGACACUACACUAGUAUGUAAUGUGUUUUUUCUGUUUUACGUAUGCAUUAGCGUUCGUCCUGCUUUAGAUAUCCUUUGUCACUUCUAUGUUAUCUCUGUUGAAAGUCGCAGCAUGUUUACCGUAUCCUAUUACAAGCUCCAUUUUGCACUUA